UCCUUCUAUGUAUCUGAAGCUAAUUAGACAUAUUGGGUUUAUAAUUAUGAAAUAGUUAGGGUUUUAUUUUGUUAAUUAUAAUUUCUAUGAUUCUGAGUUGCUGGAUUUGUUUAGGGUUUUGUUAGUUUCUUGUUAAUAACUUUGAUUCUAUGCUUCUGAGUUGCUGGGUUCAAAUUUGCUUGUUUUGCUUAGUUCAAAUUCUAUGAUUCUCUGAUUUUGAUUCUGUGAUUCUGUGAUUCUGAAUUGAUUUUUGGUUUUCUGCAUUUAUUUUGCUUGUUUUGAAAUUUUGUUAAUCAUACUGAUGAGUUACUAUGUAAUUUCACUAAUUUUUGUUCAAUAAUCAUUGCUUCAUUGUUGCUGUUUGUUGGUAUUGUUUACUUUAUUGUUGGUAUUCUUGUUUGUUGAUUCAUUGUUGCUCUUGCUUAGCACUAUUUUGGUUUUUUCUUCUUCCUUCCUUGAAUAUGUUUCACUUCUAUUUCACUGCUGCUAUUAUUGAGUAUUGAUGAGGUAAUUCUGAAUUGAAUAGAUGUCUUUAUUAAUCAAAUUAGAAAAUUUUGUAGAUGUCUUUAUUCUUUAUCAUGUUGAGUGUUUACUCUUAAAAUUUAUUUUAAUCAGGUGAUUCUAGAUGAUAGAUUAAGUAUGUAUGUAUGUAUGUAUGUAUGUAUCAAUGGGUUGAUUAGAUGGUUGCUGGAUUGAUGGAUCUAAUUGCAGUCUUGCUCUUAUUGUUGCAUAGAAGGUUCUGAUAACUGAUAUGAUUCAAGAUUCACCUUUUUUGUUAGCAUGACUUAUAUGCUCUUAAACUUUGAGUUGAUUCAUUGAUGUGUCAACGCCAAUCUCUUGCUUGUUAUCAUUCGCCUUCUGUCUUGCCUUGCGUUUUGAGAGCUUCAUAUUUGGCUCUAGACUGAGGGAUAUUGCUAUGUCCUCCACUGCUGAAUUGUUGAUGUUUUCUUUAUCAUUGUUCUUCAGUGACUUAAGCAAUGUGGAUUUGGCCACCCUCCCUUGUGUAUCAAAAUUCUCAAUUGGAUUCAACACAGAGGAAACAUCAUGAUCCCUUUCUUGAGUUUCUUCUUUCUUGUCCUGCCUCAGGCUAUUAACUUCGGUCUCCGUUAUUUCAGCCGAUGAAAUUGGUUUCCUAUAAUCAGUCAACAGCGAAAACAAUGACUCUGAAGACUCUUCUUGAAUUCCAUUGACAUCACCACCUUCUUCUCUGGCAGAAGAAUUUUUUUCUUCAGGAUUCACCUUCUCUAUGGCAAUGUAAUUUUGUUGCUCAGCAGGUUUUUCUAUGUCUGCUUCCUUGUUGGAUGAAGAGAAUUAAACUUUGAGUUGAUUCAUUGAUUUGGGCACAUGUAUCAUGGCAUUAUAUUCUUUUGUGAUUGCAUUGUAUCAUUCCCGCUUCGAUGACUUCAGUUCAAGUUCCUGCAAGGCUAUUGCUGACUCUGCUGUUGUUUCUUUUCUAUGCUUCACCUUCUCAUUCCUCAAAACCAGAGAGAGCCCCACAGAAAGAGUGGUGGAGGACAAUAAGUGGAAUGGAGGAAGAGGAUGGUGGUGGUGGUGGUAGCAGGCCAUUGAAGGUUACGUUCUCUGAAGCUGCAAUCAACUGGACCGAUGCCAUACCCAUCGGAAAUGGCCGUCUUGGGGCUAUGAUUUGGGGUGGUGUUUCAUCGGAGCUUCUCCAGCUAAAUGAGGACACACUUUGGACUGGAAUGCCUGGCGAUUACACCAACAGCAGUGCUCCAGCAGCAUUGGCUAAAGUUAGAAAACUUGUUGAUAACAGAAAUUACUCUCAAGCUACAGAAGAAGCUGUCAAUUUGUCAGGAGAGCCUUCUGCUGUAUACCAACUUCUUGGUGAUAUCAAGCUAGAAUUUGACGAUUCUCAUGCUGCAUACUCGAAUGAGUCUUACUACAGAGAGCUGGAUUUGGAUACUGCAACAGCAAAAGUAAAAUACUCUGUUGGUGAUGUUGAAUUCAGCAGAGAACAUUUUGCUUCUAAUCCAGACCAAGUGAUAGUGUCAAGGAUUUCUGCAAGCAAGCCAGCUUCUUUGUCAUUUACAGUGUCUUUGGAUAGCAAAUUACCUCACAAUUUGCAAGUUAGUGGCCAAAAUCAGGUAAUAAUGGAAGGAAGUUGUCCUAGCAGAAGGAUACCACCGAAUGCAAAGUCACCACCUUCAUCGAUGGCUAAUUCAAGUAUUGAUCCGAAGGGAAUUAAGUUUUCUGCUGUCCUUGAUGUACAAAUUACUGGUGAGAAGGGGGUUGUGCAUGUUUUGGAAGGUCCAAAGCUUAGGAUUGAAGGUUCAGAUUCUGCUAUUUUGCUUCUGACAGCUUCUUCUUCAUUUGAUGGGCCAUUCACUAAGCCUGAAAACUCUAAGAAGAAUCCUACUUCAGAUUCCCUCAAUACAAUGAUAUCGGUUAAAAAGUUGUCAUAUGCUAACCUUUAUGCACGCCACUUGGAUGACUAUCAAAAUCUAUUUCAUCGUGUGUCGUUGCAACUCUCAAAAAGCAGCAAGGCUGCUGUGAAGGAUAGGAAAUUGGCUUCCUCUCAAUCUAACAUCCCUCAAACCAUUCCAACUUCGGCGAGAAUCAGCUCUUUUCAAACAGAUGAAGAUCCUUCAUUUGUGGAGCUCUUGUUUCAAUAUGGUAGGUAUAUACUAAUUUCUAGUUCGCGUGCUGGAACUCAGGUCUCAAACCUACAGGGCAUAUGGAACAAGAAUCUUGAGCCUGCAUGGGACGGUGCGCCUCACUUGAACAUUAAUCUUCAAAUGAACUAUUGGCCAACUCUUGCUUGCAAUCUACAUGAAUGUCAAGAGCCAUUAUUUGAUUACAUUUCCUCUUUGUCAGUCACUGGUAGUAAAACUGCAAAGGUGAACUAUGAAGCAAACGGUUGGGUUGCACAUCAAGUUUCUGACAUAUGGGCUAAAUCGUCCCCAGAUCGAGGUCUUGCAGUUUGGGCAUUAUGGCCAAUGGGUGGAGCUUGGCUUUGUACCCAUCUAUGGGAGCAUUAUACUUAUACAAUGGACAAAGAUUUUCUAAAAAAUAAGGCAUAUCCUUUAUUGGAAGGUUGUACUUCGUUUCUGUUGGAUUGGUUGAUUGAAGGUCCUAAUGGAUUAUUAGAAACCAACCCAUCAACUUCACCAGAGCACAUGUUCAUUGCACCAGAUCAAAAGCCUGCCAGUGUGAGCUACUCGACUACUAUGGACAUAUCGAUCAUCAAAGAAGUUUUCUCUUCAAUUGUAUCUGCUGCUGAGGUUCUGGGGACAAGCAAUGAUGCUAUUAUCAAAAGGGUAACUGAGGUUCAGUCCAAGCUUCCACCAACAAAAAUUGCUAGUGAUGGUUCCAUUAUGGAAUGGGCAGAAGAUUUCCAAGACCCUGAAAUACAUCAUAGACAUGUUUCACAUUUAUUUGGCCUGUUUCCAGGGCACACAAUAACUCCUGACAAAACUCCUGACCUCUGUAAAGCCGCAGAUUAUACUCUAAUUAAAAGAGGAGAGGAAGGUCCAGGGUGGUCAACAACUUGGAAAGCUGCGUUAUGGGCAAGACUUAAGAACAGUGAGCAUGCAUAUCGCAUGUUAAAGCACUUGAUUGUAUUGGUGGACCCUUUUCAUGAAAGUAACUAUGAAGGAGGACUCUACAGUAACCUCUUCACUACACAUCCUCCAUUCCAGAUUGAUGCUAACUUUGGUUUCUCAGCAGCAGUUGCAGAAAUGCUUGUUCAGAGCACAAUGAAGGACCUUUACUUGCUUCCGGCAUUGCCUCGCGACAAAUGGCCGAACGGCUGCGUGAAAGGAUUGAAAGCACGUGGCGGGAUCACAGUGAACAUAUGCUGGAAAGAAGGUGAUCUGCAUGAAGUUGGGCUUUGGUCAGAAAACCAGAAAUCCCAAGUGAGACUACACCAUAGAGAAACCAUGGUGCUAGCUGAAUUAUCACCAGGCAUAGUUUACUCUUACAAUAAUCAGUUGAAGUGUGUGAAGACAUACUCUCUUUAAGUGAUUCAUUGAAAUCUUUCUUCCAACCUGGUCAAUAAUUCCACUAAGGAGCUUGCAUUCAUUUGGUACAUCUUGAUUCAUUUCAUUUCAUUUUAUAAUGAUUUAUAAUUGUAUUCUUCCUAGAAGAGUGUUAUCUUAGCCACGGAUCAUGUAAUUUAACAGUGAAAUAUUCGAUCAAUGUAUUUGCACAACAGUUGAGGGUAUAAAGGCAUUUAAUAGUAUAAUACUACC